UUAAUAAUUUAUUAUAGUUGGAAUCCGUUUAAUUGAUGCUGAUAAUGGUCCAAACAAAAUUCACUUCGACAUCAUAAAACAUUGUUUGUGUGACGCCACGUGAGAAUUAAAUCACAACGAAAAUAGACUGACUUUUCUAAAUCAUGCCAGCAGAAAUUGCAGAUUCAACCCUUGGCAGGAAUCCAGACGGACCCUUCUUCAUCGUGAUUCAAAUUUUGGCCGACUGUUUCAAAUAAUUGUGGGGUUUAGAUACCCCUGCAUCCUUAGAUUUUGCGUCCCUGCAUGCGAAGUCACGUGUAGUUUGCUAAAGCCUCGUGUCGAAUUUCAGCAAUGUCUUCCAUGAAGGAAGCCAUUGUGUUUGAUUGACAGGCAGUUCCUUCUAUUUGGACUGAAUAAAUAGGCCGUUAUUUAUUGAACUGCUUCAGUUAUGCCAGAAAGAUAUCCAUUAUAGCGGUUAGGUAUGCUUUGUCUGCUAACAGGAAAGCGGAAAACUGAAUGGCUUUCAGAUCACUGAAUGGAGAAGGGAGUCACACUGGGUUUUCUGGAGGUUACAGCAAAAGACAUAUCAUCGAGGCGAAUGUUGUGAAACGUAUAUAUUCGUAUAUGGCAGCAAAUGAGGAUCAGGUGACCAUGAACGAAGCUUUAAAAUUGAUAUCUCUCAAAGAAAGAAGAGCAGUUAUAAAUGAAGAAAAUACUAAAGGGGUCAAAUCUCUCAUUAAUAAGCAUCAGGAUCUUUUUAUGAUUUCCAAGGAAUUACCUAACGGGCCAGAUGUCAUCAAACCAGUGGUUGACAUUGAGUUUUGUAAAGUCUUCGAUAGCAAGCAAGGAUGUAGUGAUAAAGACUGCGAGAAGCUACAUGUGUGUAGGCAUUUCGUUAAAGGGAAGUGCACGUUUGGUUCAAAGUGCAAAAAGCCGCACCAAUUCCACGAUCCACACACCCAGGAGAUUCUUCAAAAACACUGCCUAGAUGGGCUAACACACUUGCAGUUAAAGGAUUUUCUAUGCAGGAAUGUUCAGUUUGCUCUCGACGAUUCAGUGGACGAGUCCAGUCUACCAAAACAAAUGGAAAUUUGCAAGUACUACAAUGUAGCCAUUGGGUGCAGCAGGGAUGAGCAAUGCCCAUUUUUGCACAUCUGCAGGUUUUUUGCCGAAGAAGGCACCUGUAAGUUUGGGCCAAAAUGUAUACGAAAACACAAUUUUUGUAAUGAUCACUCACGUAAACUUCUAUCGCGAUACAACAUUGACGAAACCAACGCAUUGUCAUACUUACGAAAGAAGGUAGGCCAAAAUAAACAUAUCAUCGAUGAUGAAAUACUAUCAGACAAUCACCAAAAUAUGUCUUCUAAGAACUUAAACCCACGGGCUUUUCUUAACAUAACAAAUUUAAAACAAGAAUUUAGGAAACCUCGAGCACAUUCACUCGAUAUUAUGGAUGUUACAAGGACUUGUGCCAAAGAAAAGGAUGUUUAUAGGAAGAUGUCUGAGCCCGCUAAUGGAAUACAGUCAAGCGGCGAGUUAUUUAUAUGCGAAAAUGGCGUUCGUGGUAUUUGCCGUGUCAUCCACUGCCCCAAAGUGCAUCACAGAUCACCCUUUUGGUGGGAGUACUCAACUGAUGGGGUUAGUUGGAAAGAUGUCGGCGAAUGUGAAAACAUCAAAAUUGAGGCCAAGUAUGUUGAUGUCGGUGCAGACGAUGUUGUGGUGUUUCUGGAAAAUAAGCAUAAGUUUGUUUUCAAAUUCUCUCAGCAAGUCGGAAUUCAGCAAAAUGAGCUACCUUUUCCAGAAAAAGAGUCUGGUAAUGCACCACCAGUUGUUGUUCAGAUAAGAAGAUUAUCAACACCUUCGCUUCUAAGAAACAUUGACUGCAAAGAUAUCACCCAUACAAUAUGGAACUGGUAUUAUUUGGACGAAUGCAAUAAUUGGAGGUGUUACAAUGAAGAUUUCAUGUCAUUUUCAGCCAUAUCUACCCAUAAAGAUAAUAGCAUGGCUAUAGAGAUGGCAUUCUCAGAUCCUAGACGAAAGAGUUUUCAAUACCAACGUGGAGCGACCAAUUUUGUCAUCGAUUUUGAAAAGUUUACACAAGAAAAUAUAGAAACAAGAGAAAUUACCCGUGUUCGUAGGAGGCCACAGCCCUUUGGUUAUUCGUUUAAAAGGAUUGAAGAAGAGCCAUUUGCAGAAAAGUCGUUUUUUCCAAGUUACUGGAAAACAGCUUCGUUGCCAGGACUCCCAGUAAACCAAUGUGAACUGCUCGAGCUAAACCAAAAGACAAAAGAAUACAUGACAGUGUUUAUGGACUUCAAGGACAGUUUUGGAAAUGUUCACAUUUCUAACAUUAUGGCCGUCCAAAACACGCGUCUUUGGAUGACAUAUGCCAUGAAGAGAGACAACCUAGAAGAAAUGAACUCCGGUAAAGCCGAAGAGAAAUUGCUGUAUCGAGCUUCAACAUUCGAAAACGCCGAAAUAAUUUGUAAGUAUGGUUUUGAGGUUGGCGUGAGUCUCAGUCAGGAAUUCAGCAACAAGGAAUAUUUUGCGAGGGAUGCAAGGCUGGCGAAUCGCAAUAACAUUUCAAAUCAAGCUGGCCUAUUUGUUAUGUUUCUGUGCAAAGUGCUGACAAAUUCCUGCGUCACCGCGAGGCUUGAUGAACGCGAGGCUAUUCUUGAGCGUUAUCCGCCUUCCAGAGAUCUAUCGAUGUAUUACAUCUUUGACUCUGAUCAUAUCUAUCCAGAAUUCGUUAUUAUGUUCAAAGUCGGAGACUCGAUGUAGAAACUGAAGUUGACAAUAUUAUAUAAUAAUAAAACGAAAUCAUAAAACGCUGGUCGAUUUUAUGAAACAUUUUACACAAAUUUUAAAAGAUAUAUUUUCUAAAGAAGAUAUUCAGUUGCCAGAAACUCAGUUUUGAUAUAGGUAGCUUUUUAUGUCUUAUCUUCUGUUUUGUGUAAUUUUGAAAGACGGGCACUGUAUGUGCCCAUUCAUACAUCGUGAUUAUAAAGCAUCAACUCUCCCUUGUGGCAUAAUGGGCCAGUGAUGGCUCUUGUGAACUUGCUGUCCCAAAGCGGUUACUAAAAGUAUCGUUUUGUUUGUAUAGAAAACCAUUCAUGUUUUUAUUUAAACAUCAUCAAUAGCCUAUAAUAAUGAUUAAUGCAUUGUUAACUUUUUAAGCUACUCUACACAUAUUUCAACCCUAUACAUAGCACCAAAAGAAUGUAUCAUAGUUUUUAACGAGCCCAUGAAAUAUAUUCUCAGACUUAAGUCAACUGAAAUCCUUUAGGCUACAAUAUCCUUAGCUCGUAACUCUAAAAAAGUAUUUCUCGAAAUUCUCAUUGGGUAAAUAAUUCAUCGAGCUUGUAGACACGAAGAACGAACUCACCAAAAAUGAUAUUUUUAACACCUUGAUAUCUAAAGCACACGUAAAAACAAAAUAUUUUUGUUCUUUUCGUUCGUUAACUGUAUAUAACCUAUGUAUGGUAUUUGUAAAUAGUUAAUUUUCACAAAUAAAUUUUAGAAUAUAUUGCUAAAUAAUUAGUUAAAAUUUAAUCAGGUGAAGGCUAAAUACGUUCAUAAGAUCAGCUUUUGUUCUCUAUAUUAUCCCUCAAAUGGAAAAACAAAAGCUCCCAUUUCAACUCAGACCUCAUUCCAAGAAAAACACAAUAAGUUGGAUUGGCAU